GCAAGCGUCUCUUCACAUUUCCAAUUUCAUUUGAGAGAAGGUUCUGAGAGAAAUGAAGAAACAAAUUGUGAGAAGAAUGAAGAAGGUUGAUUCUGCAUCUGCUUCCUCUGCUGUGGCUCAGGGUGAAGCACCUCUGCUUCAUCCAUCCCUUUCGCUCACUUCUCCACCACCUACUCAGCUUCAUGAUGCUUCAUUCUCUGCUGAAAUGGUGAAAGGGGUUAGCACUGAGCUUUAUUCUUCACCAUUGCUUGCUUCUUCAACUGAACAUGAACCAAAUGUUCAGGAUGAAGAUCUUGUUGACCAAACAGAAGCUUUGGUGAAGGCAAUGGGUGAGAACAGAGGAUCACAGAGAUUACAGGCUCUGCUUCAUCACUUCCGAACUUCAAAAUCUAUACCCAACAUUAACAAUGUCAAUUUGAGUCUCGACGAGUUCAAUGCGAAACCUACCAAGAGAGCUGCAGUUCUCAUCUGUCUCUUCGAAGAUGCAGAUGGCAAUCUGCGAGUGAUUCUCACACAGCGAGCUUCUUCUCUCUCAGCACACUCCGGGGAGGUUGCUUUGCCUGGUGGCAAGAGGGAUGAAGUUGAUGCUGACGACGUAGCAACGGCGUUGAGGGAGGCUAAGCAGGAGAUUGGCUUGGAUCCUUCUCUUGUCACUGCCAUCACUUUCCUUGAACCCUUCAAUACCAUGUAUGGCAUUACAAUAAUACCUGUGGUUGGAAUGCUGUCAGACAAGGAUGCAUUUUCACCGGUUUUAAAUCCCGCUGAAGUUGCAGCAAUAUUUGAUGUUCCCCUGGAGUUGUUCCUCAAGAAUGACAAUAGGAGAGCUGAUGAAAGAAAAUGGAAGGGAGACAAGUACCUUCUACAUUAUUUCAAUUAUGAGGUUGCGAAUAAGAAGUAUGUUAUUUGGGCUGUAACUGCAGCUAUCUUAAUUAGAGCCGCUACAAUUGUACUUCAGCGACCGCCAGAUUUUCUAGAGAUGAGGCCUGAAAUGUGGGGAGGAGUAACUGAAAGUGACAGGAUCAUUCUGCAGAAUAGUUCUUCUAAAUUCAGCUUCUUUGUUGUAUUUGCUUGGGCCUUGGCCCGUUUAAAUCAAUGAAUUUGAUUAUUGACCAAAAAAAAAAAAAAUGACUCUGCUAUACACUUCCUAGUUCCUACUGCAUGUUUAAUCUUUGGGGAGAAUUGCUAGGAGGCUCGAUUUAAUUGAAGAAUCAUGUACCUUAUUUUUCAAAUAGUGCUCAACAACUUAUGGUUUGAGUAAAUUCAUGUGACC